AUGAGGAUAGGGAGAUCAAAGACGACGUACUAUUACUGCUGCUUCAUGAGUAGUGCAUCUCUAUGGCUUCAGGUUGUGUUAGUGCUGUUUACCAUCCCAGAAAUAUUGAAGGGCUGUGAUGGCUGCUGGGAACACGAGAGAAUCGCCCUCCUUCCUCUCAAAUCCUCGCUCCACGAUCCAGAUUAUUUCUGGGGCGGCGGGAAGGGAACAAAACAUCACUCCGAUGUCGAUUGCUGCCAUUGGGAUGGAGUUCGUUGCCAUCCCACCACAGGGAGAGUCACUAAGCUCAUGCUUUGGAAUGAAAACUCAACAACAAGGCCGUAUUUGAAUGCUUCCUUGUUGUUCCUGCCUUUCCAAGGUUUGAGAGCGCUCUCACUGCAAAGCUACCAUAUCCUUGGUUGCAUGGAGAAUCUAGGUUUCUUGAAACGCCUUGAAAUUUUCGACUCCACCAUUGCAUGCAACAACUUCCUCGACACCCUUGGCACCGUAAUGACCAAUCUUACUCAUUUGGUGAUUCUAGAUGCGAGUCUAAGCUCCACUAUUCCUCAAGCUUUUUGCAACUUGAAGCAUCUCCGAGAAAUAGUCCUUCAAUCCGACGAUCUGCGGGGCGAGCUGCCAAAUUGUCUAUCGAAUCUGACUUCACUCCAAAUCUUUAAUGUAGGGGGUAAUCAAUUUGAUGGAGAUAUAGCUGAGUCUCCCCUUACAACUCUCUUGUCCCUCGAAGAGAUUGACAUAAUCUUCAAUCAGUUCCGAAUUCCAAUCUCGCUCUUCCCAUUUUUUAACCAUUCUCGUCUUCGAAGCUUCAGAGCGGGACAUAAUCGGGAACUUUAUGGAGAUGAUGACCAAUAUGAUUUGGUACGGCAAGAUACACCACUUUUCCAACUGGUACUGCUACAUCUGUCGUCGUCGGAUGGUAAUAAUGUUGGUGGAUACGUCGGCCCGGCCUUUCCUAAAUUUCUCUACCAUCAAACACGAUUGGAAUAUGUUUCCAUCUCAGAUGUCAGAAUAAAGGGAGCUGUUGGGUUCCCAUGGUGGUUGCUGGCUAACAACACAAACCUAGGGGAUCUUCAGCUCCCCAGCUGCUCGCUUUCAGGGCAAUUUCAGCUGCCGACGAUCGUCUAUGAAAAUCUAACUCGAUUAGUCAUCUCUAGCAAUGAUUUCUUGCCUGGCCACAUCCCACAUGAUAUAUGCACUUUCUUUCCCAAUAUAGAUAGUCUAUCCGUAUCCGAAAACAAUUUCUUCGGUAAAAUACCUCCACAGUGGUCAAAUUGUUCCUCGUUGCAAACAUUGGAAGCUAGUGACAAUCAACUGUCGGGCGAGAUUCCAAAAUGGAUUUGGAAUGACUCGACGCUCCUCGUCCUGGACCUUUCAAGUAAUGAUUUUUCGGGAGGUCUGCCACCAGGUUUUAUUUCACCAUCGAUGAACGAAGUUUACUUGUCGAGAAAUCGAUUGGGAGGGACAUUAUAUGAUCAAAAUGGAAUUACUGGUGAUAUUGACUAUUCAGGAUAUCAGCUAAGAAUCUUGGAUCUCAGUCACAAUCAUUUCACAGGUAAAAUCCCGAAAUGGAUUGUUAAACUGAGACCUCGAUUGCGUUAUAUCUUGUUGAAUGACAACCACCUUUAUGGGGAGGUUCCGGCGGGGUUUUGCUUGGAGAAUACAAAUUUGAUUGACCUUUCACACAAUCGUUUGUCAGGUCAUAUUGUUGGUGAAAUAUUCCAAUGCACCCUCUACGGUGAACAAUCAGGAUACUCUCCUUAUGGUGGUAUGGAGUUUGUCACAAAGACACAUAUAUAUACUUACAAAGGGCAGGUUGUCAAUUUAUUCUUUGGUUUGGAUUUAUCGAACAAUGAUUUCACUGGCGAGAUCCCUAUACAAAUCGGCCAUCUGGACAAUACCCAAGUUCUCAAUUUGUCAUACAACAAGUUCACGGGACCCAUCCCGUCCAGUAUUGCAAACUUGUCACAGAUUGAGAGUUUGGAUCUUUCUCACAAUAAUUUGAGUGGAGCAAUUCCCUAUCAACUCACCGAUUUGCAUUCUCUAUCCUCUUUCAACGUGGCUUACAACAAUUUAUCUGGUAUGUGUCCUCUGAAGACUGCACAAUUCAGUACUUUCGAUGAAAGUAGUUAUGAGGGAAAUCCCUUCCUUAACUGCACACUGCCACUCGUGACACCAAAUCCAUCAGUAAGAUCGACAACUUCUGAUGAUGAUGAUGAUGAUGAUGGAGAAGAAGGGUUCAUUGAUAUGGAGAGUUUCUAUGUAAGUGGCUCGGUAUCUUACGUCAUGGUGUUACUAAUAAUUGCGAGUGUUCUCUACAUAAACUCGUAUUGGAGACGAGUAUGGUUUUAUUAUGUUGGGGUCACCAUAACUACUUGUUAUUAUUUUGUGGUGGAUCAUCUCCCGGUGCCGGCCAGGUACAAGGUGUGGGAACUUCGAGUAUAA